AUGGCUUUACCAACUACCACAUGCUCGCCUUUCACACAGGCUGUUGUGAGCUCAAUGCGAAAGCUCUAUCCCGAGGCAUUGGCAGACAAGAGCUUCGACAAUACUGGAUUGCUCCUUGAAGCUCCCUUCGAGCCAACCCGCAGACAGAAGAACUCGGUGCUUCUAGCCAUUGAUCUUACUACAGCCGUUGCAGACGAGGCAAUCAAGCGCCAAGACUCUGCUGUUGUUGCCUAUCAUCCUAUCAUUUUCCGUGGACUCAAGUCCAUCACUCUUGAUGACACUCAGCAGCGGUCUCUCCUGCGCCUGGCUCAGCAUGGAAUCAGUGUCUACUCACCACACACGGCAGUUGACACCGUUCCGGGUGGAAUGGCAGACUGGCUGUGCGAUGUAGUGACUGGCAACUAUCAGUCUUCUAAAGCCGAGCUGAAGCCUUCUAUUAAAGAAUGCUCCUCGACUCUAUACUCUGCACCCACCUACCCGCAGUCCCAAUCUAUUCCGGCGACUGGUUCAGCAAACAUUUCUCAGCAAUUGCCUCACACUCGAUCAACCAUCCACCCAUCACCCCCAGUUUCCAUCCCGGAAGGCUUCGAGUCUGCUGGCGCCGGCCGUCUAGUCACAUUCAACGACGCCCAGCCUCUCACAACCUUGAUCGACCACAUAGGCCGUGGCGUCGGUCUCCAAGCAGGUAUUCCCAUCGCCAUCCCACAAGGACGGUCCGUCGACGAUAUCCGGAUCCGCACUGUCGGUAUGUGCCCCGGCUCCGGAUCUGGUGUCCUUCUCCGCGGAAGUGAUAUUCCCGACCUUCUUUUCACUGGCGAGAUGAGCCAUCACGAAGCUCUUGCUGCCACCGAGCGUGGAUCAGUGGUUAUCUCUCUUUCUCACUCAAACUCUGAACGUGGGUAUAUCCGUGCGGUUAUGCAGCGCAAGUUGCAGGAUGAGUUGUCGCAAUGCUGGGAAAGUGACCGGCAAGUGGCUCUCCAGGCACUCAAGGACUCUGCGAAGCAGGGUGGAGCUACUUCUUCGGCAGUGGGAGAGGAAGUUUACCAGGAUGCUAGCGUGGAGGUAUCUGUUAGUGAUGCGGAUCAGAGUCGUACGGUCCACUGGGUCUUUAGUUUUGCGACUUUGAAAAACCCAAUGGUCUUGCAGAAACUUGGUAAGAAGGUCCUCAUCGGUGCGACGUUUUAA